AUGGCAACCUCACUACGGAAUAUUAUUGUUGUUGGUGGAUCGUUCGUUGGCCGUACGACAGCUCAGGAGCUCGCACGCAUCGUUCCUUCGACACACCGGCCUCGAUUUGCGAUUGUCCCAGGACAAGAACAUAAAGCUUUUAUUCCUUACAGCGGAAUCUUCAAAGAAUCGCCCUAUCCCUCCUCCCAUGGCGUAGUCCAGGCUCGCGUUUUGUCGGUCAAGCCUGCCCAUAUUGAGUUGGACCGUGAAUGGCAGGGCUCAAAAGUGAUUCCAUUUGACUACGUCGUUCUUGCGACUGGAACCCGUCUAUCCAAGCCUGCAGCUAUGGACGACGACGACAAGGCAUCAUCGGUCGACUAUCUGCAAAAGCAUCAAGCCGGCGUGAAAAGAUCCCAUUCGAUAUUAAUUGUCGGCGGUGGUGCUGUCGGUGUUCAAAUGGCCACCGAUCUGAAAGAAUAUUACCCAGAAAAGGAGGUCACUGUGGUGCAAUCCAGGCCGCGAGUGAUGCCGAGUUUCCACUCCGGACUCCAUGACCUAAUUAAGCAACGAUUCGACGAGCUGGGGAUUCGACUCAUCACUAGUUCUCGGGUUACUAUUCCACCGGGUGGGUUUCCCAACGACGGUAGCACCUUUGAAGUCCACCUCACCAACGGUACCACCGAGUCCACGCAAUUCGUCAUCUUAGCCACUGGACAAACCCCCAAUAGCCAACUAGUGACUGACUUGAAGUCCUCUCGCCUCGACGGCGAGGCGGUCAUCAAUCCGGAUAAUGGAUUUAUUCGUGUUAGACCGACGAUGCAGUUCUUAGAUGAGCAAUAUUCGAACAUGUUUGCAGUGGGUGAUAUUGCAGAUACCGGUGCCCAAAAGGCCGCUCGGCCAGGCUCGGCACAGGCGGCGGUUGUUGCGAAGAACAUCCAGGCUUUAAUUGAGGGCCGCGCUGCCGAGGAUACUUUUAAACACAAUGUGAUCUUCCGCAAUCCUAAUGCUGCAGAAAGUCAGACAGAACCUUGGAUCAACGUCAAGGAUGAUGGCCGAGAGGAUAUGAAUGUGGAAGCUAUGUGGGAGAGGCUGGGGAUCUCCGUUGAGGAUCCUCGUCAAUACCACCUAUGA